CCGGCUGCUUUUUAUAUAAGGAUGCUAAACGAAAGUGAUGGAAAUGACAAAAGACAGGCAUACCCUAAAAUACCCGAAAGUAACGUUGGGUAUCAAUUGCUGCAAAAAUUGGGCUGGGAAAGUGGUGGAUUGGGUAGUGAAGGAAGUAAGGGAAUAGAAGAGCCCAUUGUUGUAAAUGGGUGCAUAAAUAGACAGGGUUUGGGUAUGAAAAAUGUCAAAGAACCACACAAACAAAAGCAUUCAAAUCCUUCUCACCAACAGAAAAAAAAACAACAGGGGCCAAUCAUGGCUUCAACCCAACUCAAAGAGGUACAAGCAUUGCAAGAACAUUCUUGUGGCAGAAGAAAAACACUCAGAACACAACCAAUUAUUACUAAUCGAUUCAUCAAAGAAUUCUUAGCAAGCAAUGUGAAGGAAUUUACUGUGAGCGAUGAAUUGAUAGAUGAAGAUCAUCGACUUUUGCAAAAAUGGUGUGCAAAGUAUCAUUUGAAAUACGAUUUUGUUGCACCGUUUAAUUAUCUGGUUUUAAGAAAGCCAGACAAACAGGAUUCAACACAACCACAAAAGACAGUAGCAAGGCAACGACAUUCUUGUUGCAAAAGAAAAAAACGCAGAAAACAGCCAAUCAUUACUAAUCGAUUCAUCAAAGAAUUCUUAGCAAGCAAUGUGAAGGAAUUUACUGUGAGAGAUGAAUUGAUAGAUGAAGAUCAUCGACUUUUGCAAAAAUUGUGUGCAAAGUAUCAUUUGAAAUAUGAUUUUGUUGCACCGUUUAAUUAUCUGGUUAUAAGAAAACCAGACAACCAGGAUUCAACACAGAAGACAGUACCAAGGCAUGAACAUUCUCGUCGCAAAAGAAAAAAACUCAGAAAACAGCCAAUCAUUACUAAUCGGUUCAUCAAAGAAUUCUUAGCAAGCAAUGUGAAGGAGACUCAUGUUAGGGAAGAACUAAUAGAUGAGGACCAUCGACUUUUACAAAAAUUGUGUGCAAAAUAUCAUCUGAAAUAUGAUUUUGUUGGACCAUCUAAGCAUCUUGUCAUAAGGAAGUUGGGGAAAAGUUGCCUGGAAUCAUCAAAUUCAAUCCCAAGCAUGUUGAAAACAAAUUCACCUGUAAAAAAGUUUCCUGGUGUACAACAAAAUAGGUUACUGAUGAAUGCAGUAAAAGAUGCCACAAGAAGUGUUGCAAAGUCAUCUAGGCGUGAAGAUCUUGUUAUAAACUGCAACUUGCCAAUGAUAAUUUCCCUCAGGAAAUCUAUGAUAUCUGUUCUAACUGGGCAAACCAAAUCCAAUGAUACUCAGCAAUCAGUGGGAGCUAUUAAAACUAAAGAAAAUUCAAAACAAACCCCCUUGAAAAAAUUACCCAGGGAAUAAAUAAGAUUGAUGAAGGAAAACAAACAAUCAAAGAAUCCUUUGUUGUUGAACAAAGCGCCCAACCCAUCCAUGAUUGUUAUGUUGGUGAAAGAAAUAAUAGGAAGAGAUUAUUAAGAGAUUGCUGUGAUGAUGAUGAACCAAAACAAAAGAGGCUGGCCACAGUUGAAAGCCACAACUCACAUUAACUUUUCCAGUCAUUUUAUCUGGCUUGGUUUGUUUGGUUAUAUGGGAAACAACCACAAUCCGCUGACACUGAAGCCAUCAGUUGUGUUUCUUUUUCUUUAAAAUAAAUAACUUUAGAUACAGUAUAUAUGAUGUCUGAUAAUCAUCAAAAUAGCGAUUGAUGAAAAAUUUUAAGAAAUCAGCAAAAAUGUGCUCUAUUUAUUAUUAUUUUUACAUGCAGUAUUAAACAUUCUCUUGAUGGCAUAUGGCUAUAUUAGUGCCUAUGCUUUAAGUUGUGUUUGGGUUGGCAUUCAAUUUAAGUGUGUUCAUUAAAAUUUUUGGGGUGAAAUGAUUGAUCGUAUAGAUAUCCUAGUGUCAAGGAACAUACUUUACAAUAAAAUAUGGUCAUACGAUGAGAAAUUAAAAAUUUAAAUCUCUGCUUAAAUAAAAUCUAUACCACUAUUGUGUUUCUUAUAUUGUAUGAAUUUCAAAGGAAUAAAAACCCCCUGAAAUCCUGGGACGAUUUGUGGGCAUACUCUCCGCCGGUUGAAUUCCACCUCUUCCAUUCAGAGAUGAUUUUUUCAAAAAUUUGACUCGUGGUGGGUUAACAGAAGCCGAAAAUACUAGUAGUUGUCGUUUGUUGUCCUUUCA